AUGCGGUUAUCUUCAAGUCUCUCGUACCUCGUGGCCGUUGUGGCCUUCUCGCCCUUCGCCUCCGCCCUCCGACUCCUCGAAUCGACAUCAUUAAUACAAUGUAUGGAAAAUUCGAACUUCUCAGCUUCUCUUUUUCAGGUCACCUUCACGCCCGAUAACAAGACGCUCGCUAUAAAUAUCAACGGUAUAUCGUCGAUAUCUGGCAAUGUUACGGCAGAAGUUGUAGUUACCGCGUACGGAUUUCAAGCACUAAAACAACAGCUGAACCCUUGUGAUUUGAAAUUGGAUGGUCUAUGUCCUAUGCAAACCGGCCCCAUCCCAAUCGAAACCACCAUUACGGUCACCGACUCGGUGGUCAAUGCCAUCCCCUCAAUCGCUUACAAUGUCCCUGAUCUGGAUGGGCAGGUUUUUGUAUACAUCUAUUCCAGAGAUACCGGUGAAAAAAUUGCCUGUUUGGAAGCUAGCCUUACAAACAGUCAGACAGUCCACCAAAAAGCUGUUGAAUGGGUGGUCGCCGUUAUCGCAGGUCUUGGUCUUGUGGCUUCUGCCAUCACUUCAGGACUGGGUCAUUCAAACACCGCUGCACACGUCGCUGCCAAUGCAUUGUCCCUUUUCGGGUUUUUCCAGGCUCAGGCCAUGAUUGGUGAUACGGCUGUUCCGAUGCCACCCAUUGUUGAAUCCUGGACGCAGAAUUUCCAGUGGAGUAUGGGUAUUAUUCAGGUUGAUUUUUUGCAGUCAAUUGCGACAUGGUAUCAACGAGCCACUGGAGGAACUGCAAGCCAACUAUUAGCAAAUCUGUCGACCACUUCAGUGGUUAUUCAAAAGCGAUCGCUCGACAUUGGACGGAACCUCUAUCGACGCGGCCUACAUUAUUUUGGAAAGAGAGCCUCCGACACAGGCUCAACAGUGACGCUUUCUGGAUUAGAGCGAGUUGGCUUCAAGGGAGAUAUCGAAGCCACCAACAUUUUCUUGACCGGUUUAAUUUGGUUCGUCGUUUUCGUCGCCUUGGUCAUGAUCGGCGUCGCGGCUUUCAAAGGUAUUUGUGAAUUGUUGAUCAAGUACAACAAAAUGCCAAGCGACAAGUUCCAAGAUUUCCGAAACGGAUGGAAAAUUGUCAUGCGUGGUAUUCUCUUCCGUCUCACUCUUAUCGGUUGGGCUCAGAUGUGUGUUCUCUGUCUCUGGGAGUUGACUCGGCGUGACUCCGCCGCAGAAGUUAUUCUUGCGGUGAUUAUGUUUUUGUCGAUGGCCACAGUGCUCGGCUGGGCUGCUUUCAAGGUCAUUACACUUGCGAAACGGUCCAUUGCUAUGCACAAGAAUCCAGCAUAUAUUCUCUACUCCGACCCGGCCUGUUUGAACAAGUGGGGCUUCUUGUACGUCCAGUACAGGGCCACGGCAUACUACUUUGUCAUCCCUGUGCUUGGUUAUUUGCUUAUCAAGAGCAUGUUUAUUGCCUUUGGACAAAAGGCACAAGUUGUCCAAGCCGUUGCUUUCCUGAUCAUUGAGGCCGCCUUCUUGGUUGCCGUCAGUGUGAUUCGGCCGUGGAUGGACAAGAGAACCAACAUCUUCAACAUUUCUAUCGCCGCUUGCAAUUUUUUGAAUGCUAUUUUCCUGCUAAUAUUUAGCAACGUUUUCAACCAACCAGGAAUGGUCACGGGUGUUAUGGGAAUUGUCUUUUUCGCCUACAACGCAGUAUUCGCCAUGGUUCUUUUGAUUCUGGUCUUGAUUGCCUCUAUAUACGCCAUUGUCUCUAAGAACCCAGAUAUGCGCUACCAACCGAUGCGCGAUGACCGUGGAUCAUUCAUCAAGAGCAACACUGCUCUCAACACCGAAUUGGAUGCCUUAGCCAACACCGCUCGUGGCGGUGGCGAGAUGGAACUCAAAUCAACGGCCUACCACCCAACAUACGAAGAGUCGAAUUCCAUUUCGAACGGCAGCGGUGCUAGCUUAAACCAUCGUGGACAACACGAUAUGAACAAACCACCUUCAUCGCCUAUCGAUCCAUCUGUACCUCUAUUCCCUAGUCACGCACCCCCGUCAUACGAACCAAACGUAUACGGCCGGGACAUUGAACGAAGUCGAUCACCGGCACAGAUUGGAGAUUUCAAUCCUGCCUCUGCAUUAGCCAUGCAGAACUAUAGACAACAACACAACGCCAGUCCCUGGCAACGAGGCGCCGGGUACGAUCAUUAA